CUCCUCUUGGGGAGUGGUGGCGGGAACGUCCAUCCCGCCCACCAGCUGGCGGGAGACUUAAAUUGGGCUGGAGAAAGCGGAGGGGCCCUGUGUGUUCCUGCUCGGCGCUACCAUGUCUACCCCUGCAAAGCGACACUGCUGCGGCCCUGUCAGCUCCCUCAAUUCCAGCUUCCAGAAACGCCUUAAGAAGAUCUCCAUCGAGGGGAACAUCGCUGCAGGGAAGUCAACAUUUGUCAGACUACUAGAGAAACACAGCGAUGAAUGGGAGGUCAUCCCUGAGCCCAUCGCCAAGUGGUGCAACAUCCAGACAGUUGAAGAUAAUGAGCAUGAGGAACUUUCAACAUCUCAGAAGAGUGGAGGAAAUCUACUUAAAAUGCUGUAUGAUAAACCCACGAGAUGGGCUUACACGUUCCAGACUUACGCUUGCAUGAGCCGCGUAAGAGCACAAUUAAAACCUGUUUCAGCUAAGCUACGUGAAGCAGAACAUCCAGUGCAAUUUUUUGAGAGAUCCGUGUACAGUGACAGAUAUGUAUUUGCUUCUAAUCUGUUCGAGUCUGGAAAUAUUAACGAAACGGAGUGGGCUAUUUAUCAGGACUGGCACACAUGGCUUUUGAACCAGUUUGAAUCAGACAUAGAGCUGGAUGGCAUGAUCUACUUAAGAACCACACCUGAGAAAUGCAUGGAAAGGCUACAAGUGAGGGGUAGAGAAGAAGAGCAAGGAAUUGAGCUCGAGUAUUUGGAAAACCUCCACUAUAAGCAUGAAGCCUGGCUUCAUGAAAGGACUAUGAGAGUUGAUUUUGAGAACCUUAAAGAGAUUCCCAUUCUAGUUUUGGAUGUUAGUGAAGAUUUCAAGAAUGACAAGAUUAAACAGGAGUACUUGAUUAGCAAGGUAAAAUCUUUCUUGACUUCUUAAGAACACGAAAUUUUGGAUUAUGAGCUCCUGAACUUCAAGAGUUAAGCCUAACAGUGUGUUCUCAAACAAUUUGCUUCAAGUAAAUCUACUGCCUGCAUAAAAAUAUCCACAAGCACAGUGUAUAAUAUGGGUUGGAGUUUGGGUCGAUUUUUAUUUUGCUUGUCUGUCCAGUGUACUGUGAUCAUUUUCUGUAUUGUUAAAACAAACCAAUACGAGGUGCUCUGACGACGUUGUUUGUGUAUAUUCUCUAAUAAAGAUUUUAAAAUAGUA